CGACCGCGUCGCCACGAUCCAAGGCUUAAAGCAUCGUUUCUGCACUAUCUUUUCCCGCCAGCCCAACUUUACUUGGACUCGCCUGUUUUUUACAGUACCGUUUUAUUACGCCUUACUCAACCCGCCCUAACGCGGCCUCGGUUCGGUCCAAGCCCUGGUUGUGCAAUCCAUCCUGGAUACCUACUAGUAGUAGGUGCUUUUGCUGUACAUCCCAGCGCGUCAUUUUGCAUCCUGUCGUCCCUGCUGCCUGUCAGGUGUGAGUGUGCGCGUGCAGUGUUGGCUAAGCUUUUUUAUUAUUUUUUUUAUCACCAUACACGCGCCUACCCACAACAGCGAAAAAGCGCGUAGUCAAAAGUCGCAUUUCAGGUACGCGCCAUAUCUGGGGAAAUAUAAACAAAACGGUCGGAAGGACAGGAAAACAGUUAUACCACAGAUUAUAUGGAUAACAGACCGGCCUCGGAGUACGCGCAGUCAGACCAAGCCUCUGCGGCUGCAGCGGCCGGGACUCAGUACGCAACCCAGCCGCAGCCACCCCCCGAGGUCCGUCCGGCGACGCAGUACACUCCGCAGCCCGAAGUGCGCUCAGCGCCCAUAUCCUCUUCGAACACGCCCCAGUCGGACUACGGUCUGAACCCCCCUCCCGCUGCGCGCUCCCCUGCAUACCCAGAGUAUCUCGCCCGUCCGCCCCAGUACCACCACGUCCCCAACACCCAAGCCGGCGGCGCCGCGGCGGCAGGUAUGGCUCAAGCAGCAAAUCCCUCCAUUGCGGCCUCCAGCCCCACCUAUCCCCCUCCUUACUCGCCCUAUCAGCCUCCGGGUCAUGAUCUGGCUCAGUACCAAGGUCACCCUCCCCCUCCGCAGAUGUAUGCGCGACCGGACUGGGCUCAUGCCUAUCCGCCGCCUCACGGCCUCCCGGGGCCGUACAGCGCUCCUGCAACAACGGUCUAUUCGUUUGUUCCGAUUCCCGGUGCGCAGCAGCACAAGCGUCCACGACGUCGUUAUGAAGAGAUUGAGCGUAUGUACCGGUGCGGGUGGAAUGGCUGCGAGAAGGCAUAUGGCACACUGAACCAUCUGAAUGCACAUGUGACGAUGCAGUCGCAUGGAGCGAAGCGUACUCCGGAGGGUAUGUUCUUUUUUUUUUUGUUGUUGUUGACGAUGCCGACCCGAAGAUCUGGCGGUCGGCCCGAUUUGGCUAGCGGGCCGCUAGUGUUACACUGCUUUGGCGCGGGACCGACAGUAGCGCCAGACGGCGUCGAAGGUUAAGCCGACGCUUCCCUUCCCGCUUCGGCCUGUCCCGCUAGUCCUGCACUUCCCUUCCAGCGUUAAACUUUGACUAGCCUGCCCCGCUCUGCACUGUCUUUACUAUUCGUUCACUAUUCGACCUGUUUGAUCAUGUCUGACUUGGGUUCCAGAGUUCAAGGAGAUCCGCAAGCAAUGGAAGGCCCGCAAGAAGGAGGAAGAGGCUCAACGCAAGGCUGCUGUGGAACGCGAACGUGCCGCCGCGCAGGCCGCUCAGGCUGCACAGGCCAGCCAGGUGGAAGCCGGAGCCCCUGCCGAUCCUACACAGCCGCCUCAACCCGCCUCAUACCCGGCUGGGGUGCGUCCCCAGCUGCCACCGAUCGGCUACCAACCGGCAGACGGCCAGGUGCCGGGGCAGUACGGGGCACCCGGCGCCCCCGGCAUGGUGUACCAGGGCAAUGGACAGAUGGCAUACCCACCGAACUACCCACAUUCUCCAUACGGACAGAAUGGCCAAGUGUAUCAACAACGUGAGUUGGUUAUUUUCUUUCUGAUCGUUUUUCGUCUUUUCCUGGAUCAACAAGGAAAAUUUAUGUAGUUGUUGGUUUUCGAUUUUCACUUUUUUUUAUUCUGCCUUUAUCUCUGCCUCUCUUUCUCUUUCUCUUCGUCGCCAUUAGCGUGAUACAUGCUGAUGGGUUUGUGUCCAGAGAACCAAUCGAAUAACUACGCGCAAUAGAUGUCCUUUCCCCCUAAUCCCCUUACUUUGACUUUAACUUCGUUCAUUCAUUGCGUUUGAAAGUUGCAUACUCUAAUACCAGCAUUCCAGAUCCGCUAUCGCCUUAUCGGGUCUAAUUACAUGAUACCAUGGAAGGGUGGUAAUUCUUCCACUUUUUUCUUCUGUUAAUUUUUCUCCAUCCCUGUUCAUCAGUACUAGGUAGAGGAAGUGGUGGAUGCAUGUAUUUGUGGCGGUGUACUUGAGUUACCUAGAGUACACCCUUAAUCCUGAAGUGAGGAUAAUUGUUAAUGGGGUAAUAGUCGAGUACCGUGGACAUACUGUACAAUGAACUAAUCAGUGCUGUACAUUUCCUGUGGUAUUGCAAUGUACUCC